AUGUCCGCAAGUAGUGAAAUGCAAAUUCGUCGUACAGCGACUUCACGGCCGACAGGUGCCGGCUCACAUUUAUCCUCAACUGGUACACCAUCGUCAGCUAGUACUCACAAACGAAAACACGACUCUGUUCUAUACAGUGAUGCUGCUGUUCGUUUCAAUGAAAAUAGUCUUGAACAAUGUCGAACAUCUGUUAGUGCACUUUCUGGUUGUGUUGCAGGUAUUAUUGGUUUAACAUCUUAUAAAGGAUUUCUCUUCUAUGGUUUCUCUAUGCUACUAUUAUCAUUUCUUAUCUUUGUCGUCAUUCGACGUGAACAUCGCAAGUUUUUUACUAAUUUAAACCACGUUUUCGUCAAUGGAUUUUUCAAUGAAUCUACUUCGUAUAUGAAAAUCAAGCCAACGAAUUCUCGUUCAUCAAAUUCUUCUUCAACAGCAUCAUUGGUCUACACAAAUAAAGUUUCAGUACGCUCAUCACUGGAAAGUAAUGACUGUUACGCUAUUGAUUUGAGUCUAAAUAGUACUGGAAAUCAUAUUGCUGUACUAACUAUUCCGAGUACAAUUCAAUUGUUUGAUGCAGCAACAUUAAAACAGUUGUCAUCCCUUUCAUCUACUUCAAACAACUUCGAUAGUGCAGAUUCAACAUCGUCAAUUACUAUCAGUGCUAUCCAAUAUGCUUAUGUUUCACCCCAUACUCUACUUGCUUCGACAAAUAAAAAUUUAGUUCUCCUGUGGGAUACAAGAACACCACAACAAGAAACAGUUCAGUUGAACGGAUGUGCGGAUGAACACAAUUUUCUUUCUGUUACAUCUAAUAGCGAAGAUCUAUUAGUCGCUGCUGGUACUGAACUGAAAGGUGAAGAAAAUGUCGCAGUUGCAUUUUGGGAUUUACGUGCACCGAUCAAUAGACAAUUGUUAGGGUAUUACACAGAAUCUCAUUCGGAUGAUAUCAUUCAUGUUGAAUUUGAUCGAACAAAUUCGAAAAAGUUAGUCAGUGGAUCAACUGAUGGUCUUGUCUGUCUGUACGAUGUUGGCAAAUCGACAGAAGAAGAUGCGCUUGAACAGGUUUACAAUGCUAAUGGACCUGUCGCUAAGUGUGGUUUUGCUCAAUACAAUACUGUUUAUGGUAUCACUGCAUCGAAUGCUUUUUAUGUAUGGUCAACAUCCGAUGACGAACAACAACAACAAACUCUUGUUCAGGGAGACACUGAUAGUGAUAUUCUUUCGAAAGAGAUUCCUUUGGAAACAUCAUCGAAAGUGAUUCAUCAUCUUCCAUCAACACAUUCAACGAUUGUUGACUUACUUACUGACAAUAAGAUCAAUAAUCUACUACCAUCUGCUUUUCAUGAAACAAAGUCCAGUUGGCCAUUGCUAAUGUGUGAUCAUAUGGGUAAAAUAAAUAUUACAUUAGUCUCAUCCGAGCAAUCUGAACCAAUCAUAUUAUCUCUUCAUUCACCUCAUUCGGAAACAAUCCGAGCAGCAACGACAUAUCAAUCAUCGCUAUAUUCUUGUAGUGAUGAUGGACAGCUAGUUCGCUGGCAGUCAUCAUCUGCAAUAGAUGAUCACGAUGACAAUAAAAAACAAGCACCAUCAAAGAAGAAAUCAAACAAUCGAAAGCCUUACUAA